AUGUCCUCAACACACAUUAUCAGAACUAACGAACUGCUUGGUACGCUGCAGGCGGCCAGUCGUCUCCCCAUCGGUGGCAACAUACAGGUUGUGGGUCUCCCUGCCGACGGCUACGACCCACCCGGCGGGCUCGCAGUCACCAUCACCGGCUGGGGUCUCAUCGACCGCGCCAGCUACGUGGCCAGGUUUGGCGCCACAGACCGCAUGACCUGCGCCGGCGAGGCCGGCAAGAGCACCUGCUACGGCGACUCCGGUGGUCCGCUCGUCAGUGGCGGCACUCAGGUCGGCAUCGUCUCAUGGGGAAGGGAGUACUGGGAUACCGAUGGCGGCGUCUAUACUAACGUCGGCAACCUCCGUUCCUGGAUCACGGCUGCCGCUGGCGUCUGA